UGUCUCUGCUCCCGGAGCAGGAGGUGUGGCCCCCGCACCCCCAUGUUCCAGUGACAGGGAAAUGUUCCAGUUCGGUAAAUACAACUUGGACAUCAUAGAGAUGCUGAGCGGACACCAGGCCCAUCAGUUCAAAGGUCUCGGUUUAGAACGACAGCUACAGCACCAGCAGCAAGUACAGCUUCACCAGCAUCAGCUACAGCAGCAGCAGCAGCAGCAAGCAGAAACCUCUGGGGCGCUUUUGUCAGGACUCGGCUUGGGUCACCUCCAGGGAUCCAGAAGCAGUGCGUUUUCGGAUUCCGCGUCGAUUUUUGCUAAGAUGAGCGCACCUCCCCCGCCUCUGCAGCAACAGUCACUAACCUCAUCUUCACAGAGCUCAAGAAAGUCAAGCAAAAUGUCUGGAAGCAGCAGCAGCAGCGGAAGUCACGUCAGCGGGUACCCCCAGUUUCUGCGCUCAUUUCAUCCCACCGAGGCAGCACUUGCACAAGAGCAGCUGCAUCCAGGAGUGGGACGGUUUGAUCACUUUGCUGGUGGCAGUGGAAGUGCAGGAAGCGCUGGUGGAAUUGGUGGAAUUGUUUCGUCCGCACCGCCGCCACCUCCACCUUUACAUCCUGGCCUUUCUGUUCCUCAGGCAUCUGCGGGACCAUCUUCGUCAUCCCCAACUCCUUCCAGCUCUGUCUCCACCUCCAAUAACCCUCCUAGUAGCAGUGCAGUGACCUCCCUUGGACAUCAACUGGUGGGAGCACAGUCAGAUGCUCGAAGCUUACAUCAGCAGUUUAGCUGCAUGCUAGCAGCCAAUCAGUACUUUCUUUCUGGUGUUCCAGCAAACACUAGCUUGGAGCAGUUUUUAGUUCAGCAAGGCAGCCACAACCAUCUCAGUUUGGGUUUGGGCCAAAGUGGAGGGGAUACAAGUUCAGGCCUCGCUCCACCCCCUGCUCUUCACUCCUCGCACACACAUAGUCACUCAAACCCCCAGCCACAGCCUCAGCAGGCACCUCCGCAGCAGCAACAGUUGCCGCCACACACUUUAUCUCACCCUCACACCCACCCACACCACCCUCUUCACUCCUCUUCCCAACCCUCCUCUCUGAGCAGCUUUGACUUCCAAGGGAUCCCAGUUCUGUCCUCUAACCAGCUUGCAUCUCUGAUGCAGCAAGAACCUGGUCUGCCUCUUCCUUUGCCGUUGCAUCUGUCUCUCUCCAAGGAUGAAGGGAAAGGAGGAGACAGUGCAGGUGGACAGAGUGGGGGAAGUGGAGGAGGUAGGAGAAAGAAAGCAAUGGCCGGCUACUUGCCGCAGAGGAAGUCUGAGAGCAGUAGCACCAGUAGCAGUAGCAGUAAUAACCACAGUUCUGGAAACCCCAAUCCAAGCAGUAGCAGUGCAGGGGGACUCGGGCAAGAUCCCACAUCUGGCCUGGUUGGCAGGGGCGGAGGCGUCAGUAUGUCGGGUAUAGGCGGAGAGAAUCCUUCCCUCCAUUCCUCUUCUACGUCCUCUUCUUCUGUUGUCUCGUCGUCUUCCUCUUCUGCUCCCUCAUCAACCUCAGCAUCAGUUUUGGUGACAAAUGGCUCGCACCUCUCCAAAUCUGACAAUCUUGGCAGCAUCCCACCUUCUGCAUCUCAGUCUGAAGCUGAACCCCUGUACCAUUGUGGAGAGUGUGGCAAGACUUUCACUCAACUCUCUAGCCUCCGAAGGCACUUGCGAAGUCAUGAGGCGACCACUGCAGGCACGAGCGGAACAAGAGCAAAUGUUUCAAAUCCUGUUCAACAUCCCUCUGAUCCAACCAUUCCGCACUCAACACAAGACCGGCAAGACUCUCAGUCAAGUUCAGGUGCUGCCUCAUCCUCGUGUCCGAGUCCUGAGAAGACUUUCAACUGCUCUGAAUGUGGCAAGAGUUUUAAGAAAAAAGGUCAUCUACUCCAACAUGGUGUUAUUCACUCUGGGGCACGGCCAUUUGCCUGCUCCACCUGUAGUCGUGCUUUUAAUCGACGUGAGUCACUCACCCGUCAUGAGAAGAUUCAUGAGGAAAAGCCUUUCCGCUGUCCGGCCUGUGGCCGAUGUUUCCGGGAGAGCACCUCUCUGCUGAACCAUGCAGCCUCGGGCACCUGUGGAAAGGCAGGAAGGGGACCAAGACCCAGGAGUGACAGCAGCAACUCCAUGGUGAGCAGUAAGAGCAAUAAACCUGGAAGUGGCAGUGAUGAAAUGCCGGCUAGUGGAAUAGGUUCCUACCGGGCUGAAGGGUACCCUGAUAAUUACAAAGAUCAACGCUCUCAAGGGAAUAUGUACCCCGGAUCAUCCUCCUGUAGUGGAGGGAUUACUGGCCCGGCACUGAGGAAGGCACCACUGGCACCAACUCUUCAUCCUCAUCCUCAAAGCCAAAACCAACCGCCGCACCACCAUCAGCAGCCCCACCUCCCCCUCUCCUCUUUACUGGAUGAUUCUGAAGAUGAUGUCACUAGUUCUGUUAACAACGCAAUCUCUGCCAUCACUGCUGAUCUCAACAGCAGCGGGAAUCGAGGAGAUGACCGAAGAGACAUCAUUGGUGGGUUGCUAGGUGGACUCGGUCUGGGUCCUUUAGGAUCACCUGGAGGGCCCACGUCAACAUCUGGCAUGGACAAAUCCUACAGAAGCGGUGUCAGUCAGGAUGGGAUGGGCAGUUCGAUGACUCACAGUCAGCAGCCUAAUCAGCAGACACCUGGAGUGAAACCAAAGCGUCCGCGCAAACCCCGUAAGAAGAAGGAUCCGGCUGCACCUGGUGCAGAGCCUCCCAAGCGUAGACGUUCAUCUCAGAGAGAGGUCGGUCCUAACGGGGAAGUGCGGCCAUAUUUGUGCAGUGUCUGCGGUCGUGGGUUCGCAAGAAGGGAGACCUUACGUAGGCACGAUCGCAUACACACGGGAGAGAAGCCACAUCACUGCACUGUGUGUGGCAAGUAUUUUCGAGAGGCCUUCCAUCUCACCAAACACCACACAGUGCAUUCUGGAGAGAAGAACUACAAAUGCCUCCUUUGUGGGAAGGACUUUGGAUAUGCCCAGAGCCUUAAGAGACAUGGGAAGCUGCAUCAGAAAGGUGAAAUGGAGGAAGUGCCCACGACACCGGGAGGCGAGAACCUUAACAAUUACCCAUCUACUGCUGGUGGCAGCAUGAUCCAAGGUGGCCAAGGAAGCUCUUCCUACUACUCGUACUCUCAAGAUGUCAAACCCCAAGGGUCAAACACUCAGCCUCCCCCCAGACUCUAUACGUGCGCCAUAUGUUGGAAAUCCUUCCGCCAUCACUUCCACCUGACUGCGCAUCAUCAGACCGUGCAUGAGGGUGGAGGAGAGAAACUGUUCUCCUGUGAAGUCUGUGGAAAGGCUUUUGCUUAUUCCAACAGCCUGACCAGACACAGGCUCUCCCAGCAUGGCCUAGCUCGCACUGGUCAAACAACACCACAAGGGGGCAGCAGUGGCACGGAAGGAAACAACAGCAGUAAUGUUGGAGGACCUGUGUCUGAAAGUGAGGCUGCCACAAAUGCGCUGCUUCAGCUGGCGCCCCCCGGUGGAUCACAUGGGGAACAGCAGCCGCACAGCAGCGUUCUUCAAAGCCACCAGCCGCCCCCUCCUCAGCCGCAAGCGGGCUACUCUCCUCUCUUCUAUGUCCCAGAUGCAAGUACCUCUCAUCCUUCAUCCUCCAAUGCCUCCCCCUAUUCUCAGCCUCUGCCCCCAAGUUCCUCCAUGUCUUCCCUUAGCAACCAUCAGCAACCACCUUCUGGGGUGAAGGGGGAGCCCUUGUACCAUUCUCCUCAUGCCCAUUCUCUCAACCCUGGUUUACCGGUCCAUCCACUGGCACUGUCUCCACCUGAGCCACAUCAGCACCACCAUCACCAUCACCAGCAUCCAAAUGAGCUCCAGCCGCAUCACCACCAUCAUCAUCAUCAUCAUCACCACCAUCACAGCUUUCAAACCGAGGAGGACCUGAGGAGGCGCAAAAAGAAAAAAAAAAAAAGGCGGAACGGGAGAGAGAAGAUAGGCUAUAAAUGGGAUGAGGCAGUGGCGAGACUGGGAAGGGAGCAUAUGGGUCUGUUGGCGAGAGGAAGGCAGAAAAUCAAAAGGAAAAAACUACAGUGGAGGAGGAGGAGACUAAUUCGCAAGAGGCAACGCAGAUACCGGAAAAGGGUAGCUCCGUUCUUGAGGAUUAGGAGAGGAAGUGGGGGAGGGAGUAGCAUUAUGUGUGAAAUGGGUCCUGUAGGAGGGUUCAGACUUAUUACUUUGUUGUCUGUACGGAUCUCUCUCAAACGGUUCCCAUGUACCCUUUGUCCUCAUGCUAGCUUUUCUAGACGAGCGGCACUUAAGGUCCAUAGAGCAGCCAAACACUGUCCCAAAGCCCUUUGCCUCCAAGACCGCUUGAGGUGCCCCGUUUGCGGGAGGCAGUCCCGCAGAUUCCUCUCAACUCUAACGCACAGGGGCUCUCACGUGUUCAGGGGAACUUUCUCAUGUAAACGUUGCCCCUCGCGUUUCUGGAACGCCGCCCUGCUGGAGAGGCACAAGCUGCAUUGCCGGAGAAAACUGAUAGGCUUGAAACGCGUGAGGGCUCUUUGUUCGAAACUGGCUACGACAACAGUGCCGGCGCACAGUAAGAGGGUGGAGGGACAGAGCGAGUCGUCCACCCUCCAGAUGGAGUAUAGACACUGAGUACCCUUCAUAAUGAGACUGGGACAGGACUUUUUCCGUAGUGAGAUGGGGUUAUGAGGCAUUUGCAUGCUGAAAGUAGAGACAGUAGUUUGGCUUGGUAUCAGUAUCUUCAUUUAGCCGCUGACUUAUAUAUUAGAGUUUUAGGGAUUGCUUUUUCUUUUCCUUUUCUCCGUCAAAACAUCACGGAUUACUCUAAUAACAUCCAACUUCUAAGGUAAAAAAAAAAAACAAAUAAUCAAAACAAAACAAACAAAAAAACUCAUCAUAGAAACAAAAAUCAUCAUUCAAACUUCUCAGAAGGAAGGGAACUGUUUUUGUUUUUGUUUAGUUUUUUUUUUUUUUCCCGUAAGGACGUGUUCGGCUUCUACCAUCCUAGAGGAUCCCCUGCUGUUAUGUGCAUUUAAGCUAGCGUUGGCUGACCCUGUGGAUCAGUAGAGGAGUAUUAGUAAUUCAACCCCAUUAAUAACUGUACCUAACUCCCUAACAGUUAGUAGUUACCUUCCCUGUAACCCAGGCAACCCUCUGUAUGACUGUCUGUCUCUGAUUUGUAUA